AUGUAAGAGACAUCUCAAUAGAAUGAAAUGAUUGUUUAAUUUUUUAUUGAAAAUGGUGGAAACUCUUUUUUGGUUGAAGGAUGGUGUUUAAUUUAAUUUUUUAAAUGGUUAAAAGAGUAAUACAUUACUAAAAUAAUUGAUGAUUUGGUUAAGAUCUGCUAUUGCAAUGAUGACAACAACAAGAAUAUUUUAAGAAGAAGUCAUAAUAAAAUAAAUAUAAAGUAUCUCAUAAUUUGUUAUUCUACAAUAAAAAUACAAAAAAAAGAAGUGAUUGGAUAGAUGAUUCAAAAUUAUAACUUAAAAAGAUUACAACAAAAUUUUUUAACUAACAAAACUUUUAAUUGGCAAUAGCACAAUAAGGAUUGCUACAAUUAGCAUUGUAAGAAAGAAUGAAUAAAACUGUAUCGCCUUUAUAUAAGAGAUAUCGUUAUUUAAGUGAAUAAAUUUAUGAUAGAGAACCAUAAGUCUUAUAGAGGAAAAUGAAAAAUGAUUCAGAUUUAUGUAAGUAAUAAAAAUCAAAGCUUAUAGAGAAUAAAUAACCUACAUCAACCAAUAAUCUUAAUUGAUCAAUCAUUUCAGUAUAUUCUAAAAAGGAAAAAGUAGAAUAAUUAUAAACACCAGAAGAAGCAGUUUUAAAUGAAAAUUAUGAAAUAAAUAUGAUGACAAAUGAUUAUUUGUAAAAAGAAAUUUUUAUUUCUCAAAUUAUUAUUACUAAUAAACUAUCAUCUGAGGAAAAGAAUUUUUAAUAACAAAUUUUAAAUACUUUAAAGAAUUUUCAUAAUAAAUCUAAAAAUAGAAGAAUUAGAUCUUUAUAAAUCACAAAAUUAUUAAAUUUCUAUAGAUAAUUGUCUUGA